UAUAUUGAGUGUUUUGUAGCACCUCAUCUAAGAGUCUUAUGCAACAAUUUGGUUUAAGUUAAUUUAAGUUAUAUUAUCAACCAAUAGAAUGGUCUUAAUGCGCUCAGUGGGACGUGUCGCCCUUAAAAGCGAUUUGAUUUCGUGAUUUGACAGGAAAACUAUUAUAACAAUAAACACAGUUAUGCAAACUGUCAAACUUAAUGUGAUAAACAAAUGGAUACAGAAAUAGGCCGUACUUGGUUCUAUCUGUGAACCAGAGCCAUGAAUGAGGAGAACAAAUAUGGCAGCACACACGCCUUACCGAGUAGAGAUGUGCGUCACUACCAGUAAAACUCAGGAAAAAAAAAAAACCUGAUAGACAACUACAGAGGGAGACAGUCGCCUGGAUAGGAGAGACGGUGUGAGGUAAAAGGAAGUUGAGAUUCUGGAAAUGAUAUACAGGAGGGUGGAGUAUAACAGCAGAAAAACAGGAACCCGGUGACUGCAUGUGCCAAAGUACACCUGCACACCUGAGUAAAACCGGCUCCUUUCCCAGAAUACACCAGAGAUUAUUGAGAGCCAGAGAUAAGUGGCCGCUCUGAAACCAAGCAGGGUUUUCGAAUGGAUUCUGGUUCUGUUUGGGACGAUUUCUGGUUCGAGGACUUAACUUGACGUUUUUAAACUCUACAUUUUGGGGAUUGACUGUAAAGAGCCUUCACUUUGGACAUUACAACCCAUAAUCUGGACUCGAGGAGGAGGUAGCAGUUUUUCAGCUUCUUCUCUCCAAUGAAGAUGUGGAACAUGGAUGUUAUGAAACUUCUGCUGCUUUGCUAUGCCUGUCUGCCAGCUGGAAAUGGUCAAGUGUAUUUUGUCUCCAGAAACUUUUACAAUGUCCUUCACUGGGAUCCAGUAAAGCCGGCUUUUCCUGGAGAAAAAGUGCUUUACAGUGUGCAAUACUGGCGUGAUGAUGAAGAACCUUACCAGAAGAAAGCAGAAUGUCAGAACAUCGCUGACUUGUCUUGCAACCUGACGGCAGAAACUCCCUCGCUGCAUGAUGUGCGCUACAAGGCUAAAGUGUUUGUUAACGGCAGCGCCAUUGGCUUCACCACGAGCUUCAUGCCUUUGAGAGACACUGUUCUUGGACCACCCGUUUUGUCGACACACGCCACAAAGUCGGCCUUGCAUGUCAAAGUUGCGCUGCCUAAGGGGCCAAAAGGAGAUUCCGUUGGAGACAUCAUCACAAGCAGUAAAACCGGGUUCUCCAGAGUUACAGUGCUGUAUAUCCUGAAAAUCACCCACCCAGAGUGGGCUGCUCAAGAAAUAAAAAACACAUCUGGACAGUUUGAAAUCAAACUAAAGAACAACAAGACGGUUUAUUGUGGUUAUGUGAUCUACAACAAGAGUCCAGAGAUUGGUCAUGCAAGUCAGAAUGCCACUUUCUGUGUCACUUUGCCAGAGGACCCGGCAGUGGUUUGGCCAUGGCUUCUCCUGAGUGCUGCUGUUGUCUCCGGCGUGGCUAUCAUAUUAGCCGUGUCCAUCUGCAACUAUGUGAAGGGUGGGAAGACAAAGACAAUGCCUCGAACACUGAUCCAUCAUCAACAGAUACACAUCUGUGCACCCCAGAAACUCCCGUACUACCUGGAUAAGAAUCUAAUCAUUUCGGAGGUGGGGGUGGACCGUCCCAGCGACGGCGCCGACAAAGCCAAGCUGCAUGCGUUCUCGCAUGGAGGCUAUUCCCCACAGAGGAUCCUCAGCAACAUCUUCCAGGGCAGUGCAAACUCUUCUGUGGGCCCACAUCUGGUGGAAUCAACCGCCCAGUCAGCUGAAAUCUAUGGCGCAGUCGCCGUCCAGGUUGAAACUGAAGAAAGUGACGACUUUUACCAGGCGAGCAAUAAACCAGUUGCACCUGAAGACUCACUACUGGUGACACCAGGGAGCAGAAAAAGGAGCAGGGAUAAAGGUGGAGCACCGCAGUUCACCGAUUUGGAGACGAGUGUGAACAACCAGCUAGUGUUGAACACCGUACGGAACGACAACGGACAACUCGUACUGUCCUCACUGGAUUUCCAGUUCCAGACCGACUGUGCCGACGCUGGAUCUCUGGUAAACCCAGAGAGGAAACCUCUCCUGCCGUACCUCAUUCAGUGCCCGGAUGGACCUUCUUUGGAAUCCUUGCAGAGCAUAGAGAGCUCAGAGGGGGUGGACUCUGGGUGUGAGAUUAGCUCUGUCAACACACCAACCAGCCUGUACUGUAACACACAUUACGCCCCUUCUCACCACGAUCUUCCAUAUUUCCGAAGAUCCCAGACAACACCGUCCACCAUCUUUGAAUCCAACUACAACAAACAGAACUGGAUGCCUUAAUUCCUUUUUGUACUUGAAGAAUUUUUGUAAGAUUUGUGAUUCAAAUUUGCCUUUUGCUACAUUUCAUUAAAUGUCCGUCUGUGUUGUUUAUAGAAUAUAGAAGGAAGAGGAAGUUGGCGCAAAAAGUGACAAGCACUUUGGAUAAAAUGCAAAAACUGAGCAGAUGAAUGGCGUUGCUGGGUCGAAUGCAUCUUUAACUACUGAAGGUCUUCUUUAACCGCCACAUGUGGAUACAUGUGACAUUUUAGACUUUGUUAUAUUUCAGAUUGUAUUUAUUUAAGUACAUAUGUCAUAGAAAAAAAAAACGGUAUAAGGAUAGUGUCUUGAUUUGCAACAGUAAAGGAAAUGCAAAUGUUUACUUUUACACUUUGAACAGUAAACAAGUUAAGUGUAUUGAAAAAUGUAUGUUUUCUCAGACUUAAAAAAUACUGAAAAUGUGAUUACAAAUGACAGGAAAAACUGUUUACCAGGUUUAAUCAAUGCUUAUAGCACUUUCUAAACAAAGAAACCAGAAAUAUUCAUCAUUAAUGGCCAACAUGUGUGUUUAGUCAGUCUUAUGAUAUACAAAACAAAUGUUUAGGAAUGAGGACUGAGUAUUCCCCAGUAAUUAACAUAUUCCUGUCACUGUGUUAUUAAAGAUUAUUCAGUAUCAGCAAUAUCAAGAGAGAAAAAGCGAAUCAAAUGUCCAUAUUAAAGUCUCACUCCAAUCAUGUUUUGAUCCCAUUGUUCUUUUAAUGAUGAUGCUGCUUUAAAGGAAAAAAAAAGGUUUCUGCUUCUCUGCAGAAACUUAUCAGAAAUUCCCCUGUGUUGUUGGGCAGGACUGUUGGCAAAGAGUAAGCCUGCUCUCAUUUCCCAUCAUCCCUCUUUUUUCAUUUCCUCCCCCUAGCUUACAGCCCCUCACACCCCAAGCUGACAUAACCAAUGCCACAAAACAGGGAAAAAAAUGCUAGAAUUCUCCAGACGUAAAGUUUUGAGGUAAAUUCCAGCUCAGACAAACAAAACAAAGACGUUCAUGGAUCUAUUUGUCCGCAAAUAGAUGCGUCCGAAUGGAACGGAGAAUGGAGCUUUGUAGCUUGCCGUUUGUAAUUUGUACCCAACAACUACAAGCUUUUUCAAACUGGAUUUUCUUGUCUGCUCCUGAUUCACCACAAUAAAGAAAUACUCAAUAAUCUUAAUUUUCAUAAUAUUUGUCCUCAAUCAUCAGAAAAAUGCUACAAAAACACGUUAGGAACGCCAAAAGUGUCAUUGGAGUGGGUCUUUAAAAACUUAUUUUGCUCUUUAGCAGUGGAAAAAGCCAGCGCACAGUAAACGCAUUCAAAGGUGUGGCCAUUUGUUACAUUAUCAGCUGUCUGUGUUUAAUAGCCUGACUACAUGUAGCUAUAAAGUAAUAAUCUGCUGCGCUGAACCUGUACAGUGAGUCAUUUGGAGUUGCUAUGUACAACAGUGGAUCAGUGUGUAUCUAAAGAAAACCUGUAGCAUUCAAACUGGUUUAUGAUCCACGCUACAUAUUCUACCUGAAGAUAAUGGUAGAAAGCUGCAAAAAAAGAACUGUACUUUAAAAGCUGUGAUGAAAAUGCUGUUAUUAAAAAUGUGACGCAUA